AUGAAAACAGCAAAACAAGAGUGGCUAUCAGCAGCGGAGAAGAAGACGGAAGUGCAGGCGAUGCAAGGGCUACUGCCUAUCGAGCUUCGCGAGAUGAUAUAUGCACAGAUCUGGAAUGUGGAGUAUCUCAACUCCGCAAGACAGCCAAGGCAGCAGUCCGGUCCUCCUGGCCACUGCGAUCCGAGGUGCCAUACACAUGUCGUUCGGCCCGACUUCAUGGGCAAAGAGACAGCACUGGAGAUAGUGCGCGCGUGGUACGAGACAGCAGCUACACUCACACCAGACACCUUCACAAUCUCCGAUAUCCGGGAGUCGAUCAAACAAACCAUAUGUGAAGACCUGUGCCAAGUCGGCCUAGACCCAGCAACUGUCCUCCGGACUCUCACCAUCAAUUUCGACGAGACCACGUCUAGGCUCGCUAGUCCGUAUUGCAAGUGGCCAGACGCAGAUACACGGCGGAAGUCUUUCGAUCUUCUCCACCUGAUCAAGAAGAAGACUGGAUUUCAACUCAACUUUCGUAUAUGCACUCCCAAGUUCCGAUUGAAUUGUUGGCCCGACUUCUUUGAUCUCUUGAAACCGAUUGUCAAGAUAUUGGACAACGAGGGCGCUAUCGUCGACGUCCAGGCUAUACAUUGCAGUCGGGCAUCGUUAGAGGCUAUGAUCUAA